AUGACUGCAGCACGAAAUGGCCAUGUGGAGAUUCUUCAAAUGUUUAUUGACAAACUGCCUUCAACCAUCAAGAAGUUUGCUCAUCGAUCCUCGCGUCUUCUGAAUGUCGCGGCCACGCAUGGCUAUGGUUUCACGCCGGGGCGGUCCACUCUGGACUCACUCCAAGAUGCGGUUAAAGGGGGCCAUUUGCCGGUGCUUGAAUAUUUACUUGACGAGGGGACAUGCAAAGAUUCACAAGAUUUGGUUGAUCUUCUUGAUCAUGCCACAAGCGGAUGUCAUUUGGAGAUUGUGAAAUACCUGGUCAAACGGGGUGCUGAUUUUAUCUGUCCACUUUCAGGCUACCCUCCAAGUAUAGACCUGAUUCCAUUUUCGAAUAUGCUAUAA